AUGGAAACUGGCCAAACUCUAGGGACAAUUAAUGGAUUGUUAGAUGAUAUCUUUGGCGAAAAUUGUAAUUUAAAAGAGGAUGGCGGUAAAGUCAACGAUAAUAAAAUUCCAGAUACAUGUACCAAGGAGAAUGUUCGAGAUAAUGAGGAGUAUUAUCUAAUAGAGUUGCUAAAUAAUGGUGCUCAUACACGUAGUAUUAUGAAUAAACUAUUCUAUUCAUAUCAUAAAAAUGAUUAUAAUAUUGUUGAUCCUCUGCCAAAUAAUGACGAUAGUGGUGGAUCUAUCAAUAUCAAUAAAGAUACUAUUCUUACUGAUAGAAGCUCCCAAAUAGCAAAAAAAUGGGCUAUUGAAGAAGAAUUUAAUACUAGUAAUUCAGAUACAAUAUUACAGAUGGAAAUGCCCUUAAUGUUUUCAUGGAAUUCUAAAGCAGGAGGAAUUGGUGAUACACGAAAAGUUAGUAGUCCUACUUCUGAUAUAGGUUCUAAGUCAUUUAAUGGUAGUGCUCCAAUACAAUCUACAAAUCAAAAAUUAUUUGAAGCAGCUACUUGGGGCUUACAUAAGAUUAAUCAAGAAAGAUUGCGAUGGAAACAUGACGACAAAGAGGAUAGCAAGGGGCUCGGAGAAUCCUCCAAAAAUGUUAAUUCUACUACUAAUCCUGAUGUACGUUCAUUUUAUGAUAAGAAUUCAUCUUUUAAAGUAGAUCCCUUACAAGUGUUUGUUCCAAGAGAAUUAAAGAAACCAAAGAAUUUAGAUUCCACCAAGAAUGAUGGUAAAAAUAAAAAAUCACAUAAAAAGAAAAGUAUAUUCUGGUUUGUUGGAGGCGGAAGUGUUAGAAGUAAAAAUAAACAUAAUAAAAAGAAUAAGAAUGAUGAUGAUACUACUAUAUCUGAUAAUGUAAUUGGGACCUCUGAAAACAAUUUAGAAAUUACUGCAGACGCUACUAAUACAGAAAACGUAUUAUUUAAUCUUGCUAGUGGUGAUAUGUCACAAGAAUAUUUAAAAGAAACUGGUAUCGAAGUUAUUUCGGAUGCAGAUAUACUUGGCCCCAAACAGUCGCAUAUCACGGAAAGUAUCACUGCUGGUAAUUCUGAAGAUUCCAAAGUUACCCUCAAUUCCUUCCAGUUAACAACUAAUCAAGAAUUUGAACAAAAUAGGACUAGAUCCUUAUCCACUACUAAUAACAUUCCUCCUCCUCCUCCUCCUCCUCCUCCUCCUCCUCCUCCUCCUCCUCCUCUACCACCAAAUAUCAUAGCCGAUUUCGAGGCGUUAACAUUAUCACCUCACAAUGAAAAUAAAUACCACCAUAUUGAAGACUAA